UGAACUUCCGUGAAAAUAGAACGGGGUAUACGUAUCAGGGUGAAGGAUGAGUGGUUGUGGACUGAAUUUGUGCUAGAAAACCGGAGUGAAGGAGACGCAGUUGGGAUAUUGUAUUUUGCUUUAUCGGUUUUUCUGAUAGGGUCAACCGUUGGACGAGGAUCAAGACUCGUAAAGUCCUUAUGAGAUGUGGAGCGCCGUGGCGCCUGACGACGUCAAAAGCGCGGCGCCGUCAGCCAGGUCCAAACACAGUGCCACAGUCGUCGGAGACCACGUCUAUUUGCUCGGCGGCAGGAACGGAAAUCUGCCCACAAAAGAUUUCUGGAAAUACAACUUGGUUACUGGUAAAUGGCAACAGUUGAAACCAGUGGGCGAAAAACUGCCAUGUCUUCAGGAACACACUGCCGUUGCAUACAAGGACAAUAUUUAUGUAUUUGGUGGAGAAGUCAGCUUUUCAGCUUGCACCGAAACUCCCCUUUGGGUCUACGACAUCAAGGCCAACAGUUGGAAGAAAGUCCGAACUAAAAAAGGAGUAUCCACACCGAAGGGGAGGCGAGGACAUACCGCACUAGUCCACAGGGGCUCCAUGUUGAUUUACGGCGGCUAUCAGGAUUUAAAAGGAUCUUCUAGUGAAUUAUGGGCCUUCCAUUUCGAGACAGAAUCGUGGCAUCUUUUAUCGACCACCCCGGCAAGAAACGCCGACCAUUUCCCGCCACCCCGUCAUAAACACACCGCUAUUUUGCACGAUGACGCCAUGUGGAUUUACGGCGGCAUGACGGAUUUGCACGAGAGAUCCGAUCUUUGGAAAUGGGACACUUUGUCGAAAACGUGGACGAAUAUAAAAAGUAAAAUAAACCCAGGGCCUUUGCACAGCCAUGCUGCUUGUAAAAUGCCAUCUUCCAUGUUAAUAUUCGGGGGUGAAAGAAACGGACAAACCGUCAAUGACUUGUGGAAGUUCAACUUUUCAACUGAAUCCUGGGAGAAGAUUACCAUAUCAGGUUUGAAACCGCAGCCAAGAGCUGAAACGAUAGCUUUUACAGUCUCCGAGCUUUUGUUGAAUGACCCUUCGCACACAUCCCUGGAAUCGAAAGCUUUGAGGACGAGACAAAGGACCUGCAAUUCGGCCGAUCGUGGCAAUAGACAUUCUUCGUACUUGCCAAAUAAUAGGGUAGCACCCAGUGAGAAAACCUACGUGUUUCAGCCAAACCAAAAGAACUAUAACGAUGGCAGUGACAUUAAGAGUGAUUUAGCGGAGCAGUAUUCAGAAGUGAACAGAUCUUCCAGGAGUUUCCUACAAGAGAUCAGCAAACUGUCUCAGUUAAACAUCUCAAAAAUCAGCAAUAAAUGCAGUUACACAGUGUUGACCGGCUCCAACACUUCCGACAGCACCGAAAGCUUAUUAAGAACACACACCAGUCCACAAACUGCGGAAAAGGACAUUGAAAUCGAAUUUUCCACCCCCUCAAGAGGUACGAUGGUGAAGUCCAAGUCGGCUUACGUGAUGAAGAAAUAUCAGUUGGACAUAUCGGAAGACGAGGAGAACAGAGAGCCGUCAAAGAAGAAGGUGGAUUUCGACCCAACAAUUAAAAAAAUAACCAGAGAACCAAUAUCAGUGCCAAAUUUUAGUAUUUUAAAUCUCGCCUCACCAGUAUUAACACCUGUAGAGACCACCAAGUUGGUGUACCUGACUGACGAAGAAAACGAUUGUGAUAGCGAAGAACGAAUCAAAGAAGCCAAACUUGCGAAUCAACCACCCGAACCCGAACCGGAUCCGGAACCGAUUGAGAAAAUCAUCAUUUACGAAAAGGAGAACGAGUACGAGGAGAACUUUGAAAUGGAUAAUUUCGACACGUUCAAAUUGAAACGUGGUGAAAGUUACAGCUCACAUCUUGCUUACGCCGAUAAUCCUCUAUACCAGGAGAUGAUUAAAAUGUCCGAAACCGAGGAGAAUGUUUCCUCUACGUCAGACUACGCCAGCAUAGAGACGGUUAACAGAUUAUCGUCAGCUAGUAAUUACAGCGUCAAAACUACCACACCUCAAGAAGAAAACUUGAAGAACAGACAAAAAGACAGGGACGGGCCUUUUGGUUUUUGCAAUCCAAACUACAUGGGACCCGAGAUUAAAGCAAUACUCAACAACGAUAACAAAGAUAAGAAAGUCGUUGCCAAACUGCUGACCACCAAAUCUUUAGACUGCAACGAAGAAGCUGAGGUGCUGGAGCUGCAGAACUUAAACGGGGUGCUCGACAGAAACACGAAAGUCUUAUACCGUCAUUCAUGCAGGGUGAACAGACCACCGAAAACGUUGGCACUCGACACCAAGAAAACGAUUUUGGACAAGCACAGGGCUCAAAGUGCCAGUCGUGUGGAAAGAGUCAUUAAGACGGAGAAGAAGGCGGAGAAAACCGUUAAUUAUGGGAUUGAGCCGUUUGUACCGCUGUACGUAUACAUUAUGGGAGGCAAGGAACAGGGACAGGUGACAGUUUUCCAAAGACCCAUCUCUAUUUGGAAACUGAAGCUCUUUUAAGGUUGAAUAAGUCUGAGCAAAUGGGAUUUAUGUUAUUCGUGUCUUUUAGAUGAAACCUUUGAUAACAUGCUUUGUAAUUAGAUAGCUGUUUAAGACGUAAUGAUUUUUAUAAGCGUUUUAAAGGAUUUUCCCCCCAUGUACGUAAAUAGAAUGAGCUUUUUACGAUAGGGUAAUAUGAGAAAAAUCUAUGAAAUGUUCUGAAACUUCUUCAACUCUUAAACAAUUUUAUUAACAAAUUAGACACUUUCUUCAAGUAUUUAUAAUUUGUUUUAAAUAAAUAUUUAAAUCAAGUAUUAAAAAGUUAUCUUCCUAAAUUAUUUGAUAACUGACUUAUUAACGACUAUCUCAAUUGGUUCAACUUCCAUUUUAAGUAAUUUUUUUUGUAAAUUUUUUAUGUAUAUAACAUCUGUAGGAUGAAAAAUAUAAAAAAAUAUAUCAAAUUAAAUUUGGUAUCUGAUAUUUUUGUCACAUUGCAUGUAUGUAAAUAUUUUGUUCUCAACUUCUAUUAAUAACUUAAACUACCAUAAUAAACACAAAGAAUUUAAUAAUUACAUUCACUUUCAUUUUUAACUAAAUUAACAAAUAAGUAUUUCGUCAAUUAUUCAAAAAACAUCAUGUACUCCAUCUAAUUAUAUUUCUAACACGUUUCACUUAUUUUCCUAUAAAAGGUUAGUGAUUUUUGGCUCGUAAUUUUCGAUGAUUUUACAACUUUAUUAAGCUAGAAAUUAGUACAAAUUCGUCCAAGCAAAUCCGUUCUUAAAAUAAAAAUAUCACUCAAUUGACUAAAGCAAAACUAGAUUUAGAUUAACUUAUUCGUUGAUUUGUGCAAUAAUUUCUUCUUUUGUGAUAGAUUUUGUACAUUUUUUACAGUUUGUGUAUGUUGUACGUUCGUUUUGUUGUAUGUUUUUUCUUAAAAUGAUUGUUUUUGUUGAGUUAUUAGAUGUAUAAAUUGUAAAUAAGUGUUCUGUUAAUAAAUAAAUGUAAAAUGUGUCGGUUUCCUUUGAUUAAGUGUUCGAAUAAAUCUGUGCUAGAAUAAAAUUAAAGAAAUAAUCAAAAUUAAAAAUUCUUAUCCCUGGGUACUACAAAAAUGAUUAUGCAAACUUAUUUCCACAGGUUUUUAACCGUCUCUCAAAUAAUUAAUUUUACUGGAUAAGAAUUUUGUUUAUUUUGAUCAUUAGAUAUAAAAAAUAUAGAAGAAAUUUAUUUUUUAAAAUUUACACUAGUUAAACAGAUUGACACUAUAGACACAAUAAAUAUUGUAGAUGUUCA